AUGGAUGAUCUGUCGAGGGCCGAAUACCCGGCUAUGCUGGCAAACCUCCAACCAAACCAAGCCGUCAACGCCCUCAACGACCGUGUCAAGCGCAUAUCCAAAGUCAACAACGAGAUCGCCGACUGGUUGCAGGAACGCCGCCGCGUCGAGGAACAAUAUGUCCAAGGGUUGAAGAGGUUGACCCAAUUCCGGGUCCCUAACUCGCACACCGAGCUUGGCUCGUUUCAGCCGCAAUGGGACAAGAUUCUCCAGUCCGCCGACUCCGUCGCCAUGUCGCACCACAUCUUUGCCUCCAAGAUCGAGAAGGACGUCGAGGCCCCCCUACGAACCUUUGGCCAAAGGAAAGAGAUGCAGAACAUGCAGACCAUCCAAGCGAACCUCUCGAACAUGGCCAAGGAGUUGGAGGACUCUCGGGAAAGGUCUGAUAAACUCAGCAGAAAAGGUGGCAAGGCUAGCGCCCAGAAGGUCGACAUGGCGGCUGAGAAGCUCGAGUCUGCCACGAGCCAGUGGGAGUCGCAAGCACCUUUUGUCUUCGAAACCCUCCAGGCGCUAGAUGAGAGUCGGAUGAACCAACUGCGUGAUUGCUUGACGCAAUAUGGCACCUAUGAAGGCGAACAGGCGCAACAACACCAAACCGAUGCCGAGAGCGUGCUGAACAGUCUACUCGACUACAACACUUCGAACGAGGUUCAACAUUUCGUCACAAGGACAACGGCCGGCCGACCAAAGGUUGAGAGGCGGGCAACUCCCGCGCGACAAUCGUCAAGCAUUGGAGGCACCAGCUCGUCUCUGGCACCGCCAAGCAUCAACGUGCCCCCUUCCGAGGACGACCGUAGUGACCAUUCGGGACCCAGAGACGGCCCGCCAGAGAACAAAUUGCGCAGUCGCAUUGGUACUAUGCUUGGACGACGACGUCAGAGCAUACACGGUGGCUUUGGCCAGCUUUCUCCCGCAAAGGGACCGUUCGGCAGAAGCACUAAGAGUAGCCAUGGUCUAUCACCCAGGGCGUCUUCGAGCAACCUCGGCGAUUCGACAAAUCGGCUAGGAGCCCUUACAGAAACCCCGGACAUAGCUGAGGAGCCCUCUCGCAUGUCGGAAGCUAACGAAAAGAUGAGCCACGACGGCCCCAAUGGUUUUGGCAGUGUUGGUGGUGAUGGAGCCGCUGAGUUACUGCCUCCCAAUACAGCGAAUAUGGCGACGUCGACCACGUCCCAUCUCAAUGGGACAUCUGGCGACGUUGAUAUAGCAGAUGUGCCACCCCCACCGGGGCCACCUCCAUCUCAGAGAGAGCCCGAGAAGGAUGCCGAAGGCUUCAGUGUGCCCGACUACUCUCACGAUCCUAUAUCACAAGCUCAGCAGGAGGCUGCGGCGCAGGAGGCCGAACGCGCAUUCAAGCUCAGCAUUCAGAAUGAGCCUGUAGCCGAAGAGGACCCAGAAGCGAAGCAAGCCGCCUUUUCGAAUGUUGCCAAAAAUCUUUCAGCUAUGGGAACGCCAGCCCGAAGAGCAGGGACCGUCAGAGGCCGUAGAGAUGUGCGGAACACUAUUUAUGUACCCAGUCCGGUCUCUGAAAACUCCAUAAGCGAGAACCCCUAUCACCCUGGCGCUCUGGCAACAAUAUACUCUAAACCCGCCGGUUUGCCAACUUUUGCUUCGGAAUCCAGUGUUGCAGGAACUUCGGACACGCAAUCUAUACGGUCUGCCAACUCCCUCAAUAGCAUCGUGCAGCACGCGAAACAUCCCGAUAUGCAUGACCCAGGCCUCAAUUCGUCCGUGAUGGAGACCGUGUCAGCGACAUUUGAGAACGGAGGAGUGACGAGCCUGAAAGUCAACGGCGAGGUUGCCUUUUCUUAUAAUCCUGACUCCACGAGUUCACCUUCACAAGUGCCCAUCCGUAUCAACAAUUUUUCGGCCCUCGAAUCCAUUGGUCCUAACCGUAUCUUUGUAACUCAGGACCCUGACCACACCGAUCAGUUCACGUUGGAUACGUCACAUCUGCAAAAGACAAGCAUUGGAUUCUCAUACAAGGUCCAUGUCGAUUCGGAUACACCGCCAGUCGAACAUGUCCCAAUACUCAUUACCUCUGCAUGGAAGCCUCAAGGUGACAAACUGGGCUUAGUGCUCCAGUACAAGUUGAAUCCAGCUUUCAAAUUUGCGACGGCGGGGUUAACCCUUCAGUUCCACAACUUCGUCCUCUUCGUGACGUACGAAGGCAAAGCAUCAGGCGCGCAAACCAAGCCCUCGGGCACGCAUCUGAAGGACAAGCACCUCGUCUACUGGCGGCUGGGCGACAUCACGCUAUCUUCCGAUGCGAACUGGCAGAAGAUAGUGUGCCGGAUAGUCGGCGAGCAAGGAUCAGAACCCAAGGCUGGAACCGUCGAGGCACGAUGGGAGUUCAGUCCGCCCUCCAACGCCGAGACCGCCGCCGGCGCGAUCUCGGUCUUUAGGCUCGAGGAGAGUAAGGGCAAGGGGGCGGAACUCAGCGACGACGAUCCUUUCGCCGAUUCGGACGAGACUGUGGCGGAGGGGAGGUGGCUCGAGGUGCCCGUUGUGCGGAAGCUGAUCAGUGGUAAAUAUGACGCCAAAUAG